GACAGGUUGACAAAGAGAGAAAAGUAGACAAAAUAACUGUAUUCAACUGACGCUCCAUACAUAACUGUAAAACUAGGGCCAGGACAAUUGGGACUUAUCCGUGUAAUUACUAACACUAAUACAUGGACUUUUAUGUUUGCAAUUACAAUCGUUUUAAAAUUGUACAAAUUAUUGUGCGGCCGUCCGACAUAUCCGUUAACUUUCAUUGAGGAUUUGGAGGCCCUGUCCGGAUGGCUGCAACUGAAGCUGUGUUACCCUCGUUUAGUUCAUUCACAAACUACACGAACUCUAGUCCAGACAUGAAGGUGUGGAGGUUUGAGGAUGGCCCUCUCAGCAGCUCCGACUCCCAGGACAGGAAGUCCAUACUGGACUACCAGAGCAGCAACGACACCCUGGAGCUUCCCCCCAUCCUCAGGGAGGCCCAGCUGGAGGAAGACGAACACAAUGCAUCGUGGGAUAUGGAGUUCUUACUGUCGGCCUGGGGCAGCUCUUCCCCCACUGAGGAGGACACCAGUCUGGACUGCAACACGGGAGGCCACAGGCAGACGGAUACUCAGGGGGAGCAGGGCAGACUGUACCAGGCUGGGCUUCUGCAGCAGGGCUCCAGGGCGCAGGAGCGGGCUGGUGGUGGUGGUGGUGCUGGUGGUGGUCUGGUGGUGGAGCCCUCUGCGUUCAACACCACCAGGCUCUACCCCGGCAGCGGGAGCCUGAUGGCCGAACUGCUGUCGCCGGACGAAGGUUCGGUGAGCUGCUCCAUACCUGAGCUGUACAACGGGAGCUUCAGUGUUGGGCACCAGCAGCAACCAGCCAGCAAACAGCAGUAUGUCCUCCACUCGUCCGGGUCCGGCACAGAGCUGUUGGGUUUCACCGCUCUGGGACAGGGACACACGUCCGCUGACCCAGCAGCGACAGGGCCAGGCAGCAUCCAACAGCUGGGGGCCGUUGUGGGUCUCCCCAAAGGCAAGUCCUGGGAGUACACCACCCACUACUUCCCCCAGCACCUCCCGUCUCUCAUGGCAUUCCCAGACUCCAGGUUCGUGCCGGUGACAGCAGCGACUAUGGAUCUGGACGUAGCCACAUCAGUCGCGCAUACCCAGCGGCCGCCAUCGUACAGUGCCAUACCAAACUACCACCACCCUCACCAACACCACCACCCACACCACCACCACCACGCCAAACUGUAUGCCCAUCCAAUGGUGUCAGGACCGGCCGGGUUCGCGCACAACAGGUCGCCGAUGUCAGCUGCAUCAGCUGCGACUGUGGUGUACAGCGCGGCGGCGUCCGUGUCCAGCCUGCUGCCGGACUCCACAGUGCCCUCCGCUGGCUUGGAGGGGAAGCGCGGCGGGCGUAAUAAGGGCGUGGCCAAGAAGAGGGCGGCCGUGCACGGCUGCGAGUACCCGGGCUGCACCAAGACCUACACCAAGAGCUCCCACCUGAAGGCACACCUGCGCACUCACACAGGUGAGAAGCCGUAUCACUGCUCGUGGGAGGGCUGCGGCUGGAAGUUCGCCCGGUCGGACGAGCUGACGCGUCACUUCCGCAAGCACACAGGCCAGAAGCCCUACGAGUGCAUGCUGUGCCAACGCGCCUUCUCCCGCUCAGACCACCUGGCCCUGCACAUGAAGAGACACAUGUGAUACAUAUGAGGUCUCUCACACACACACACACACACACACACACACACACACACACACAGACAUACACACACACACACACACACACACAC